UUGCACUGAAACCAUACUUUGCCACGCAAAUUCUGUAUUGUUUAUGUUAGCUAUAUGCAAGCUAGCUAACUUUAGCUAACCGUUUAGCUAGCGGGGGUCGGCUAACUGCUGAACUUCUAGCCUCUAGCCGUCAGUCAUGUAGCUGCAGUUGCCAUGCCACAACAUGUUAUUUGAUGUCUAGCUAAAGGAUAGUGAUUUGUUCUGUAACACACGCUACGUCCUGAAAAGAAUAGAGAACAUCAUGUUGACCCCAGCGAAGGACGGGAUGCCCAGUAUGAUAGACAGGGCGCUGAGGAUGCGGAGGGAGGAACAGGCUCGUCAGGUGGUCCUGGCCUGGGCUGUGCUCAACGUGUCUCUAGCUGGCAUGAUUUACACUGAAAUGUCAGGGAAAUUGCUCAGCCGAUACUACAACAUCACCUACUGGCCUAUCUGGUACAUUGAACUGGUGCUAGCCUCUCUAUUUAGCCUAAAUGCCCUUUUUGACUUCUGGAAAUAUUUCAAAUACACAAUGUCUCCCUCCACCAUUGCUGUAUCCCCUGAACAGCAUCAACUUCUGGGUCUGAGAAACACAAGUAUUCAUGCCUGUUCGCCCCAAAAGCCAGAAAAAAAGGAGACCCCAGUUCCAGCCCAGUCGUCUCCGCUGCAGGGCCAAAGCGUACUAAGUUUCAGCCCCUCACGGCCGGCCACCACCAGCCCCAAGUUCUCCCCCAGCUGUGUACCCGGGUACAGCCCUCCUCUCAGCAGCCCAUCCACCCCAAGCAGUGCUGGGGGGCCUUUUUCCCCCACUGUGGCUUUUGGAAAGGUAUUGAACUACAGUCCUUCCCCUGGCUCCUCUCCCUACCCUAGCAGCAUUGGACCAGCAGAAGGCUCAAGCUUGAGAGCUCGAUAUCGCACAUCCCCCUCAGUGUUUAACUCCCCUGGAAGCAAGGAGGACUGCAUGCAGGAUCUGAAAAGCCUGGAGAGGUUCCUCCGCACAGAGGAGGAGAGGAGUCACCGCAGCCAGCUAGGGAGUCCAGAGUCUGUGUCUCCGAGCCACAGCCCAACAUUUUGGAACUACAACCGCUCAGUGGGAGAUUACGCCCAGAGCCUGAGGAAGUUUCUGUACCAGCCGGCCUGCCGCUCUCAAGCCCCGUCUGCCCACAAGGAUGAGACGGACCUGGGCUCCAAACAGGCUGCAGAGGAGGUGUGGGCCAGAAUCACCACCAGUCGCCCUGUAGUGGACCGCAUUGAUAGCUGGACAGCCAAGCUUAGAAAUUGGAUCAGUGACACUAUCUUGGUCCCCCUGGUCAAGGAAAUGGACUCUGUCAACAGCCAGCUCAGGAGGAUGGGCUGCCCUGAGCUCCAGAUAGGAGAGGCCAGCAUAAGCAGCCUGAAACAGGCAGCAGUGAUGAAAGCCUCGUCCAUCCCCACUAUGAACUCUAUUGUUCAGUAUCUGGACAUCACUCCCAACCAGGAGUAUCUAGUGGACCGUUUAAAGGAGCUAGCCCACAGCGGCUGCAUGAGCUCCUUUCGCUGGAAUGGUGGUGGUGACCUGAAGAACAGGAAGUGGGACACAGACCUCCCCACUGACUGUGCUAUUCUCAUGCAUAUGUUUUGUACAUACUUGGACUCCAGACUGCCCCCACACCCAAAAUACCCAGACGGGAAGACUUUCACUUCGCAGCACUUCAGUCACACCCCAGACAAACCUGAUGUUACCAAGGAGAGCCUCUUCUGCGUUCACCAAAGCAGCACCACUCCCCCUCACUACCAGCUCAUCUACCAGGGACAUAUCUACAGUCUACCCAAGGGCAGGAACAACCUGUUCCACACAAUUCUCAUGUUCCUCUUUGUCAUUAAGACUAAGGAGUCAGGGAUGCUGGGGAGAGUAAAUCUUGGCCUCUCUGGUGUGAACAUCUUGUGGAUAUUCGAAAACUGAUGCGUCGUUAUUUACAAGCAACAAAAAGCUGCAAGUGGAUU